AGAGAUGCCACGAAGUUGCUUUCCACCCACCAUUAGCUUUAUUCUUCCACGUCCCCACUCUUUAUUAUUUUUACAUUUCUUCUCCUUUCUCUCAUCAUUCAUUAAUUCUUUCUUCUUCCCAGCAUUACAUUCAUGCCAUUGCCAUGAUACACCACAUCAAUGGCUAACUUCCAAUUCCGACCAUUUUUCUCCAUUUUUAUCCUCCUCUUCCUCCACCUGGGCUGCUUCAUCGUCUCCUCCUCCUCCUCCUCCCACCACCACCAAAACCGGCGGAAAAGGAAGCGUUCUCCUGAUCACCACCAGCUCAGCCACCGUAGAUUCUGCCCACCAAAAGCUUUGUCCUCUUCCUGGUCUUUCAUCAAACGCAUCUUCUCCUCCAACACCAUUUCCUCCCCAAUCCAGGUGCAUAAAGCUCCUUCAAUCCCAUCCCCGUCUUCCUCCACACGUUCUUUACGAUUAAAUCAACCCAUUAUCGUACACUAUACACCCCCAGAAACUCGAGUGUCGGAUUCUCCACUCAUUUCGAACCGACCCGAAUCCGAUAUCUCCUCCGAUCAACACUUCUUCCCUCUGCGAAACAACAUCUACCCAUGUCCCAUUUGCGGCGAAAUCUUCCAAAAAUCAAGCAUUCUUGAACAGCACCAGUCAACAAAGCAUGCAGUAUCGGAGCUCAUCGAUGGUGAUACGAGCAAGAACGUCGUUAGGAUCAUAUUCAAAACGGGUUGGCCCGAUAAGGCGAAGGAACCCAUUAUCCAUCGGAUCCUUAAGAUUCAUAACAGUCCCAAAAUACUAGCCAGGUUCGAGGAGUACAGAGAGUGCGUGAAGUCAAAGGCGGCCAAAAAUGGGGUCGUGAAGAGCAGGGAUGAGAGGUGUAUAGCUGAUGGCAAUGAACUGUUGAGAUUCCACUGUGCAACUUACACCUGCGACCUUGGGCAAAAUGGUAAUUCCACUUUAUGCAAUCAGCUGUACUGCGGCGUUUGCGGGAUUGUACAGAGUGGAUUCUCACCCAAGUUGGACGGAAUUUCGACGCUACUUACGAGUUGGAGGGCUCACAUGGCAAUCCCGGAGGAGAUGGAGCAAGAGUUCGAGUUCAUGCACAUGAAACGAGCCAUGUUGGUCUGUCGAGUCAUAGCGGGUCGGGUUGGGUCCGAUCCAGUCUCCUUUGAUAAGGACGAUCCAGGAUUCGAUUCUUUGGUGGGUCGGGCAACUGGGUUUUCCCCAAGAUUGGACGACGAGGAUGAGUUGUUGGUAUUUAAUCCGACGGCGGUGCUUCCUUGCUUUGUGAUAGAGUACACGGUGUAGCCUCGGUAAUUUUCUUGUUUUGGUCUCUCGGGUCAUAACGGGUCGGGCGUGAUCUCAUCUUGUUUGAUGAUCCCGGUUUAUGGGUUGGGGAAACGGAUUUCCCUCAAGAUUGGACGAUGAUGAUGAGCUCUUGGUGUUUAAUCCGAGGGUUGUGCUUCCUUGCUUUGUGAUAAAGUAGACUCUGUAAACCUUAAUUAUUUUUCUCUUUUAGUACCACCAUGUGCUUUUUCACCUUUUUCUCUACGUGUGAGACUCUGAGAGUGAAAAUUAUUGUCUAAAUUGGGUGAUUAAUCAUAAAUCAAGUAUUAAGUAACUAUUU